AUGGCCAGUCCAGCUAUGGGCGUGCCAUCAGUUAACCCUUCGCGUGUAAAAAGGCCAAAGGCCAUUUGUGGCCAGAAUAAGAAGUCGUCUUGUAAUAAAUCUUUUCCAUCACUAGCAACAUGCUGGGGAAUUCUGUUAGUAAUUAUGGUCCUUCGAUUCUACUUGUCCACAGUUUUAGAAAAACAGAUCGCAAACUUGACUGCAGAGACACAGAUGCUCAAAAAGAAAAAUGAGGAGCUGGAGACAGAAAAGAAAAACCUAACAGAAAUAAUACAACAGAUGAAGACACCAUGGAAUGAGCUCAAUGUUAGUCGAGCUCAGUGGAGCAUUGAUGCCUACUGUCCCAAAGAAAAUAACAACAGAAAAUGUAACCCUUGUCAGGCUAGCUGGGAAUAUGUUGAGUCCAGCUGCUAUGCAGUUAAUGAUGCUAACCGUGAUCAAUGGAAAACCUGGGAAGAAGCUCGAGAAAACUGCAGAGGAAAGAUUUCAGAUUUACCUGUUGUGAUUAAUGAAGAAGAAAAGAAAACUGUCAGUGAAAAGAGUUGGAAAUAUGAUGAAAACAAAGGAUACUGGAUUGGUCUGAGAGUUGAAGAUGGGAAAUGGAAGUGGUUGGAUGGAAGGAAUCUGACUAAUAGCUCCUGGAUCGACCUGCUGUCUCCUGCUGAUGGUCACUGUGCAAUCUCUGUCCAAGACAAAGGAUUUAAAUCAGUGAGCUGUAAUGAGAAGAACCGAUGGAUCUGCAAAAAGAAAGCUUUGUCUGUUUGA